CACAAGAGUUCACAAACACGCUGACACGUGCCAGGCUGUGGACGGGCCAAGAAUGGGAUCCAGGGCAACAUAAUGAAACAAAUGCUCCAUACUACCAGCCGGAGAACACAACUGGACCUUUGAACAUAAAAUAUGUAAUGUGCAAGGCAAAGAAUACAGCCCUGGGCUAUGGUCAAUUGCAGAUCCCGCUGAACUACGCAACAUCCAUCUGGUAUUUGAAUGGAACCCUCAUCACAAAUGGAUAUCGCGGAUUAACCACACACACUACUACAGGCACAAUUAAUAGUAAAGGAGAUUACGUUACUACCAGUUCAGUCUCUUGGCAACGAAGUAUCACCUCAGACUUAAGUGGAAAGUACACGUGCGGGAUUGGUAGGGCGACCAAAACGUUCCAUCUAAGUGUGCAAGCCCCUGCACAUAUCGUGGAUACCACACCGGACACAGUUGCCCUAGAGGGAACCGCUGUCACAUUAGGCUGCAACUUCAAGGGAGGCGAGCCGGUGAGCACCACCUGGUUUCAUAAGGGUAGCCGAGUCGCAUCAUUUGUGACGAAAAACAACACGUAUAAUAUCCGCUCAGCCAGCUUGACUCAGACCGGUAACUACACAUGUACAGUCAGCAAUGCUGUCAGCAACGACUCCGCAACCAUCCAACUCAAAGUCUUCCCCCCAGUUACCAUGGUGGUAAAAGCCUUCCCCACGGAUGCCAAGGAUUCCACAUAUGAUCCGACUCAAAGUUAUCCGUACAAAGUGAUGGAGAACGCACCUGCACCUGCGAAAAUGAGGGAUGUUCUGUGCCAUAUUAAAGUGCCAAAGGCCACCUUCACUCGGAUCGGCGCGACCAAUGUGUUCAACAACGUUAGCGGAUUGGUUUGGUUCUUCAACGGAGUCCGCAUGAGGCACCUUUUUCAUGACAUAACCGUAAUCCCCAGUGUGGCUUAUUAUUCAUCAUCCUGGCUCUCCCAAAUUCAAUGUCGAUUACACUGGCCUGUCAGUAUCAGCUCCAACCUAACUGGAAAUUACACAUGUCAACUCGGCGCUAGUUCCCAAACUUUUCGCGUAGAAGUGCAAGCUCCUGUGAAGAUUGUGUAUAGCACACCGUCGACGCAUGCAGUAGCCAGAGGCACAGUCACACUGCACUGUGAUUACACGGGGAGUGAGCCGGUGAACACCACCUGGUUAGUGAACGGGAUCCUACAUAAAGAAUUUGUGUCACAGCCAAACUCACUGGACCUAGGGGCAGUGACGGUUGCAAGUUCGGCGAACUACACCUGUGUUGUGAACAAUAUGGGAAGCUCGGAUUCUAAAACCAUACAACUCAAAUUUUCUAAACCGUUCACUAUCACACUGACAGCUGACUUCGCGACGAACGCGAACAUGCGUCAUUACCCGCAGACUCACAGCAACACCCCAUACAGGCUACUGGUCAACAGCACUGCACCCGAUCACAUUGCCAACGUUUUCUGCUACAGCCAAGCUCCGGUGCCGAUCUUUCUGGAGUCCGGCUUUCAAUUGGGCUACAGCAGGUCCAUUUGGUUCUUCAAUGGAGUCCGCAUCACGAAUGGCAGUCGUGGAUUCACGGUUACCACGAACACUCAAGAUGGCGGCGCUGUUUUAAACGGAGACUACCGCACCGACAGUAAACUGGUAUGGCCGUCACGUAUCACCGCCGGCCUAACUGGAAACUAUACGUGUGCAAUGGGUGCCAAUUCCAAAACAUUCCGCGUAGACGUGCAAGCUCCUGUGAAGAUUGUGCGCGUCAAACCUACAGCUGUUGCUAAUAGGGGAGAUCCUGUUACAUUAGACUGCGGACACAGCGGUGGUGAGCCGACGAACACAACUUGGUUUCAUAACGGUGUCCAGGUUGCAUCAAUUGCCUCUCCACAACCAAACUCGCUCCAUAUACGUUCGGUCACCGCUGCAGCAUCCGGUGACUACACCUGCACAGUCAGCAAUGCUGUCAGCAACGACUCCGCAACCAUCCAACUCAAAGUCUUCUUCUCUCCGUUUACCAUAUCAACGACUGCUGUUUAUGCAACAAAUUCGAAUAUUUCUCGAUCGCCACAUCUGCACACAACUAUUCCGUACAGAGUACUCGAUGGCUGUAGUGCUCCUGAGCACAUGGCGGAUGUCUUCUGUAAUGCACAAGCGCCAAAGUCCAUCUAUGAAAGUAGAGGCAUUCCACUAGACUUCAAAGAAUCCAUUUGGUUCUUCAAUGGAGUCCGCAUCACGAAUGGCAGUCGUGGAUUCACGGUUACCACAAACACUGUAGAUGGCGGUGCCAUUUUAAACGGAGACUACCGCACCGGCAGUAAACUGGUAUGGCCGUCACGUAUCACCGCCGGCCUAACUGGAAACUACACGUGCGCAAUGGGUGCUGAUUCCAAAACGUUCCGCGUGGAAGUGCCAGUUCCGGCGAGGAUUACGUACACCACGCCGGACACCGUUCUAAAAGAAAGCAGCCCUGCCACGCUUGACUGCCAGUACGAAGGAGAUAAACCGGUGACAGUAACUUGGUUCUUCAAUGGAUUUCAGUCUGCAACGCAGUCGAACCCACUGGUCUUCAGCAGCGUCUUGACUGUGGCUUCAGGUAACUACACAUGCGCUGUCAGUAAUGCAAACGGCAGCGACUCCAGGACCAUAAUACUGAGAGUGUUUGCCCCAUUCAACGUAUCAGUGCAUGGUUCAAUUACGGGAAACCGGAAUGUUUCUCGACAGCCCCAACUGCACAAUACAACAAAUCCGUACAAAGUCCUUAAUGGCUCUAACGCUCCUGAGCACAUGGAGGAUCUUUUCUGCAAUGCGCAGGCGCCAAAAUCUCACUAUGUAAGGAGUAGCGUUCCACUGAACUGGCAAGAAUCCAUUUGGUUCUUCAAUGGAAUUCGCAUCACGGACGGAAGCCGUGGCUUCAAAAUCGUCACCACCACGAAAUACUCGCAUCAUGAAAACGAUGCGAUUACAAAAAGUCAUUUGUUUUGGCCAUCGAUAAUCACCACCGACCUAACUGGAAACUACACGUGUCAGAUGGGUGUUGAUUCCCAAACAUUCCGCGUCCAAGUGCAAGUUCCCGCACCGACUGUGCCAACUACGCCAAGCACGGGUUUGAUCACAACCCAGCCAACCACUCAGCCCACAACCACACCGACCACCACACCAACCACGACACCAACAACCACACCAACUACCACACCAACCACCACACCAACGACCACACCAACUACCACACCAACUACCACACCAACUACCACACCAACAACCACACCGACCACCACACCAACCACCACACCAACGACCACACCAACAACUAUACCAACUACCACACCGACCACCACACCAACUACCACACCGACCACCACACCAACUACCACACCGACCACCACACCGACCACCACACCGACCACCACACCAACUACCACACCGACCACCACACCGACCACCACACCGACCACCACACCAACAACUACACCAACUACCACACCGACCACCACACCGACCACCACACCGACCACCACUCCAACAACCACACCAACUACCACACCGACCACCACACCAACAACUACACCAACUACCACA